AGCGCAAUGACUUUCCGAGUCGGGCCCAUCGCCACUCCAAAGACGUCACUCUUGACUUAUCUACUACUCUCUCUAAAUACAGCUCCUUUCACUCACACCCUCACUAUCCUGUCAAUUGAUCGAAAGGAAGAGAGAAAAUGCCAUCUAUAUACCCAACCCAAGAAACACUGCAAACCAACUUCUCGCAGCGCCAACCAUUCCCAGCAUGGAGCGCAGUCGACGACGUCAAACAAAGCUAUGGUAAGCUUAGUACCAAGGCGCAGGCCAAAACAGGCAAGAUUGAGAUGUUUUCGCCAAAGUAUUAUGCUGCGUGUACUUUUGGCGGGUUGCUUGCUUGUGGUCUGACACAUACGGCUGUCACACCGUUGGAUCUGGUCAAAUGUCGACGCCAGGUUGAUCCAACCCUGUACAAAGGUAAUCUGGAAGCAUGGAAACUCAUCUAUCGCGCCGAAGGGAUCAGGGGUGUAUUUACCGGUUGGGGACCGACCUUCUUCGGAUACUCUGCACAAGGAGCAUUCAAAUACGGCGGCUACGAAUUUUUCAAAUCCUUUUACAGCGACCUAGUCGGCCCCGAAAAAGCCGCACAAUGGAAGACCAGUGUCUAUCUGGCUGCUAGUGCUUCGGCAGAGUUCUUUGCGGAUAUUGCUCUUUGUCCGUUUGAGGCUGUAAAAGUUCGAACGCAGACUACCAUGCCGCCGUUUGCGACGGGGACGUUUGAUGGGAUUAAUAAGAUUACUGCUAAGGAAGGGCGAGCGGGAUUGUUUAAGGGAUUGUAUCCCCUCUGGGGUCGACAGAUCCCUUAUACAAUGAUGAAAUUUGCCUCCUUUGAGACAAUUGUAGAGAUGAUUUACGGCUAUCUUCCCGGCAAGAAACAGGAUUACAGUAAGAGUCAACAGACCGCCGUCGCAUUCACGGGUGGUUAUCUAGCUGGUAUUCUGUGCGCGAUUGUCUCGCAUCCGGCCGAUGUUAUGGUGAGCAAACUCAAUGCGUCGCGACAACCCGGUGAAGCGUUUGGGGCUGCCAUGUCGAGAAUCUACAAAGAUAUUGGAUUUGGAGGCUUGUGGAAUGGAUUGGCUGUUAGGAUUGUGAUGAUUGGUACAUUGACUGGAUUGCAGUGGAUGAUAUACGAUUCGUUCAAGAUUUUUAUGGGAUUGCCGACGACAGGUGGACAGAUUCCGGAGAAGAAGUAGUAGGUUGGGUCUAUCGAGUGUAUCACAACAACUUAUACGUACUACGUCAAGUAUUUUACUGUUCAUCUAAUCCACUGCUUUAUUUGAUU